AUGGACAGAUGUGAGACUGGAACUGGUAGGAGCGAGGGUUACACCUCAGCCAUGGGAGGUGUUGAAACGUCCAGAUGGUAUGUUUCUAGUUCUUCACAGGUUGACGUGAAGCUACAUGGCAUGCAGCCACCAAUGUGCGGUAGCACCAAACCGGAGCUGACCUCAUGCAGAGCCUCACCAGUGGUGAAACGUAGCCUUCACCGCGCGCAGAAAAGGGCCCACAUACAGGGUUUUGCCUGGUAUCGUCCUUUGGAAUGCCUUGGAACAAACCUUGCGACAGUUGCCGGCAAGGAACACAGUAGCCAUGCUAAAGCUGUGCAAUGCCUUUGGAACGCCCCAUUUAUGCCCAUCACACAAUAUGGACAUGCACCAUUGCUUUGCCAUUUGGCACGAUACUGGAUCCCGCCACCCAGUCAGCCCAUGCAUGGCCUCACGCCGCAUCAACGACAGAGAGGACGUAUGGCUAAACUUUCCAACAGCUCAGACUGGCAGGAAUUUGUGACUCACUCUGCCUCUGCAGUUUGGAGGUGUUUUGACGAUGUUCUCAGAAACCAAUGCCUUGAACUCCAGGACGUUCAUGACACUGCCAUGAAAACAUUCUCAGAUUGUUUUCCAGCCAUGAGUCGACCGAAACCACCUGAACCUUGGACACAAAAUGUUCAUACGCUGAAUAAGUGGCAGCACAGACAGCUGCUUCAGGCUGCUUCUGACCGAUCAGUCAAGGGUCUUUUUGAUGCCUGGUUUCAUGCUGCCAAAUUUCAGAAACUCACCCGGUGCCAUAGACGCCAUGCAAAGCAGCUGCGCAAACAUCGUUUUGAGGAGACAUUGAGACAAGCCAAUUUUGCUGCCGCAUCACAUGACACGCAUCAGUUGUUUGAUCUUAUCAAUAGAUUUGCUCCUAGAACUCAUCGACGUCGAGUGCAGUUGCGCAGUGAAUGUGGAGCCCUAAUGACCCCCUCUGAAGAACGCAGCAUGCUUGUUGCCUAUGUGAGAGAGACUUGGAGGGGACCCCUCCUGACACCCUUGACCUGUGAUGAAGCCCCAGGAGUACCCUUCACAGUGCAAGACCUUGCUGCUGCCUUGCGGAAGAUACCUUCACAGAAGGCCACUGCUGCACCAUGUGCCCCGGGUAUUGCUGUUUUGGGGCUUCUCAUCAAAAUUGCGGCCCUGCAGGCAGAUGACGCCUUCAGACCGUGGCCAAUCUGGGCCUUCAUGAGAUCCCGCUCAACGCAUGACCCACUUUUGAAAGAGUUUGAAUUUUUGCUUCAUGCCAUUGGUAUCCUUUUUUCCCUGCUACAUGAGUUUGACAUGACUUUGAAUCCCACCAAGUCAAUUGCCAUACUUGCCAUGCAUGGACCAAAGAGUCGCAAAGUCAGAACUGCCUGGGUUCAACGUGACCACCGCGGCGAGAUGCUGAAAAUCCCAAUCACUGGCAAGCCACAUGUGUUGAUUCCUAUCAAAGAGAAGGCCACAUAUCUAGGAUGCAUCAUGAGCUACCAGCAUUUUGAGGAUGACACCACUUGGCAUAGGGUCAAAUUUGCAAAUGUUGGGUUCAUGCGUUUGCGUAGAUGGCUUUGCAACCGAAACCAUUUCUCCUUGCAGCACCGUCUCAGCUUGUGGCGUGCAUGCAUUCUCCCAAUCAUGACAUAUGGUGUUUUUGCAGUGGGCACCACAGUCAAAGGCCUACAGCAUAUGCUCACCCAGCUUGGCAUCAUGCUCAGACGCAUAGUUGGAGAUCAUGCACAUCAUACACGUCACACCAAUUUUCAGGUUUUUGAGACAUUUGACUUGCCACGCCCAACUGACCUUUUGACUGCAGCCGUAGAAACCUUGCAACGGUCCAUUGCCCAGAGAGACCUCUCACUUGGACCUGCUGACAUUGCCUUGAAGUUGGAUUGGAGUCACUUAGACACUGUUAUUGGCACCAUCACACAAGCUCAGGCUGCCCAAUCAUUGCAGCGUGCUGAGACUGCCUUUUCAGGUGCGGGCGCAGAUCCACCAAAAUGCUUUUUUUGCAAUAUUUGCUCUUUUUGUAGCAAUUCAGUCUCGGCUUUCAGACGGCAUUGCACCACUGCUCAUGGCUUGUCAAUGUUUCGCAUUUUUGCACAACCCAUGCAUUCAUACACAACAGAUGGUUUGCCUACUUGUAAAUAUUGUGCCCAUAGCUUCACAACCUGGCGUAGCUUUCGCACUCACAUUGAACGUGGAUGCCAGGCUCUGAUCCUUGGGCCUGCAAGCUGCACUGGCAUACCAUUGACACUGCCGAUGACUGCAUUGAAUCCACCGAGAGUUGAUGCAGCGUUGAGAGGUGCACAGAUGUUGACAGAAGCAGACUUGGCUCUCCUCAAGAGCAAACCAUGGAGCAACAGAUUAUUUCAAAUCAUUGCCGAUGAUACCCUUGAUGCACUUGAGCGAGAACAUGAGGCGUGUGGAUAUCUCUCCAGCUAUUGCUGUAUCUGUGGGCAACACCUGAAUCGAACGCAGGACGUCCACUUGCAUUACAGAACUGAACAUGCUGCUUACUGGGAUUUUGUGCCACAGAAAUCUCGGAUGCUUACAAACAUCCAUAGCUCUGAGAGCCCAUGCCCUCAUUGCGGAGGAUACUUCAAACAGCACCAGUGCCCAGUCUGGACCCAAGUAGCUGUACUCAUUCUCCACGGUGGAGGACUGCAUGCCGUUGAGAGUGGCCCACCUGAGGCUGUUGUCCGAUGUGACAUUUGCCUGCAGUCUUUUGCUGAUGCAGCCCAAUUGGCCAAAUGUGCACACUGCUGGACAGAAUACUCCACCAUGGAGAGCUUGCGCAGUCACAUAUCCCAAGGCAGAUGUAGCAGCUUUGAUGCUUUUGCCGCCACAGAAGUGGUCCCGCUCACACAGGCCUGGUUGGACAUCUGCCUGCAUGGACGCAUGUAUGACCAGCUGAGAGCGCCUAUGGACAGACUUCACCUCACUCUCAAGUGUGUGCAAUGCAAGCAGGCCUAUCAGAGAGCAGGUGAUCUUGCCAACCACCUGAUGACAAACCACUCCAAUUUAUGGAGGCAGAUUGCUAUGAUGUAUUAUCGCCUUGACCAAGUUCCUUUCAUGCCGAUUCAGCUCCAUGACCAGGUGACACAGAUCUUGCGCAAAGUCUGCCUGCAAUGUGGAACAGAACACCAUGCUGGAGUGCUGUGCCGCCACAUCCAAGAGGCGCACUUGUGUGGACAUCGUUUUGUGGAGUUUUAUUUUGACACGUUGGUGCCUGCCAUUGCCAAAACCCUGCAGAAUGAUUUUCAGUGUGACCUUUGCUGCCAAGUUUACAAUUUGCCGCCUGAUCAUGACAGCCCUGCCUCACUUGAUUCCAGAGCAGUCUUGGUCCAAAUUCAUCUUCACGGCAACUGCCCGGGCGACUCGGCUAUGAUUGGCAUGGAUCAGAGCUCCCAGGAACAAAUCAGGGAGACUUUUCAGUUCCUACAACCCCUGCUGGACCAGAGUCUGAAACUCCUGCCAAACCCACGGGCACCCAAACAAAGACGCACCGAAGACAAGAUCAAAGCAAGUCAAGCCGAUCAAGGUCCCAUAGGAGCAGAGCCACAGAAGUUGCUGCAGUACCUCCAGGCCUUGGGGCAGCUGGUGCUCCGACAAGAGCACAGUCUGAGCUUGCUGCAAAGCACAGACUCUUUCAUUCUCUACUUCCAGCAGGACAAAGAGGGCUCCCUACAGGGAUUGCUUCUGGAGACACAGAAGUGGCAUCAGCAACGCCUUCAAGACCCGGCGACCAUCCAGACGACGUUGCGCCAACACCUGUGCCAACACCUCCUCCUGGACUUGCUGAACAGGGUCACCAAAGUCUCCCAGAGCAAACCGGAAGAUCCUCUCUUCCGCCUGUGCCGCGAGAAGAACCUGAUCUUGGAGGACAUGAGCUGGCCGUUCCUCCGAUGGGAACCGUCCAAGAAGCAGCUGGUGAUAGACAAGAAGAAAUCAGUCACCAUGCCGAAGAUGUUGGAACAUCUGACGGAGUUGGGCGAGGAGUUCCGGGACCCGGCACUAGUGGUGCGCUUCCAGGGCCUUGCGACAAGCUCCCCACAAUCGACGGUGCCAUGGAAGCUGCAACUGAACCUCCGCUACAACAGGCCCUACGACCUGUUGGUGGCCUUGACGCACUCAGCAGUGUGGAUGCUGGCUGGCACCACCCUGAAGAUCCAUGCACCCCAGCAAAGCGGCCUUGCCAAGACGGUUCAGAGCCUCCUCCCCAAAGGGCAAGGGAAGGGGAAAAGCCAGAGCAAAUCCAAAGGGAAGUCCAAGGCGCCGGACUCACAAACCUAGAUGAACGACGCCAACUUUGCCUCAACUUUUCUCGGCUUGUGCUUGGCAAUGAUUCCAAUUGGUGUUUUGCAAAUGUGACGAUGUAUGGCCUGCUAUGGACCUUGUUGUGUCACCUUGACCAAGACUUCAUUUCAUGGGGACUGCAUUCCGAGUCACUGCACCAAUUUAUUUUGGAAAAUGCCCUUCAUGUUGUCAUGCUCAAUACCACACCAUGGUUUGUGCAGCUACUUGAAUGCUGGGGCCGUCCACAAACCCAACAGGAUUGUGGAGAGUUCAUACAUGCGACACUUGCAUGGCUUGACUCCCCAGCCAUCGACAUGAGCUGGGAACGGC